CAGUGAAAAUCAAGUUCUAACUUGGAAAGAAUUUAGAGGAUAUAGGCCACUAUAAAAAACAAUCUUGCACUUUGCUCUUAUAAUGUUUUAAAUAAAUAUUUGAGACAUCAGUCCCAGCAGCCAAAGAACGGAACGCGCGCAUCAUGGGGAGCGUACGCACUGUGGCGCAGGCUACAAGCUAUUAGCACCCGAGGCGUUCGUGGGUUUAAAAAACAUUCAAGAAAUAAACCGUGUAGUUGGUGCAAUAGAAGUAGAAGAAACUGCCAACGUGUCAUCGGCAGGAUUAAGGGAUGGAGUUCCCUGUGGACGUGUUGGAUUCAGUGAGGCAAGAGGAGGUGGAGCAGGCAGCAGAGGGCUACAUGACCCAGCUACGAUAUGUCAGCCCCGACAAGACCGAGAGCUUUACCCUGCCCAACCACAGAAAGAUCAGUAUCGGUCUGUGUAACGUUGGUUUUGUUCCCAUCUAUGGAGGAGACCUGAAGCACAAGGUUAUGGCCCUGUUCUCCCCAGAUGAUCAGCUCACAGCGGUAGCUCUGUACCUGGCAGGACAGUGGUGGUCAGUAGAGGACAUCCUCAGAACCUCCGACCCCUCCAGAACUGGCCUGGUCAAGGUGAGGAGUCUUGGUGAGCGGAUCGUCCUGUACAUUCUGAACCGUAUCGUGUACCGCGUGGGUGAGAUGGACAAACCUGAGGUGCCCUUCCUGUGCCACGGCCAGCACGACUUCGCCAAGCUCCUCUGGAAGGACGGAAACGCUGUUGGGUUCUACUCAGUCAAACCCAAAGACAGCUUGUGUAAUAACUUUGUGACCCAGCGCUACCAGCUUCCUGUCAUGGACUCCAUGUUUGUCAGGAAGUGUCACCGUGGAAACGGCCAUGGCCUGCAGAUGCUGGAGGACUUUGUGGACUCUUUCAAAGACAACCAGCUUGGCCUGAAGUACCCUCUCUCUCUAACCAUGUAUAAAGUGUGUGGCCGGUACCUGUGUCGGUACCCAGCUGACCAGGAUCUGCUGUGGGUGGUAGAGGGAGUGGGAGGACCUUACCAGAGAGAGAAUGUGGCCAGCAAGAUGAAAGCCCUAGCACUGAAAGCGGUGCUCCACGCUGCGACUUCUAACGGAGACCGACGAUCAGCCUCCCUGGACCACACAGACGUCAGCAUGGAGGAGGACAACUUUCUGGACAUCACCGAGGAUGUUUUGGUGGUAAAUACUCCCCUGAAGUUAAUAGAAGCGCUGGAUGGCUCACCCGUGUCAACGCGUAGCAGGAGUAGCGGACAUAAAAAGCGUGGCAGAGAAGAGACAGACUCCACGGAGGAGAGCCAGCCUCUGAAGAUGAACAGAAUGGAGGAUGCAAAGUCCGAGCCCACCAACACGGCUGUAGAGGACGGAGGACAGGAGGAGGCGGAAGGAAGAGCGGGGGAGGAGUCUGGAGAGGCAGAGGCUGCUGUGGCCCAGGAGGAGAUGGAGAUGACGACGACCAAAGCUCAGAUUCAGACAUGGGAAACACAGAUAGUCAAGAUGAACGGAGAACUGACUGAUGGCCAGAGGGAGGAGGUAAAGGAUGGAGUGGAGGUGGAGGGAGAGGCUGUACUGGAGAAUAGAACGACAGAGGAAGACGUGGAGGAGGCGGCAGCAGAGGAGGAAGAGUCCAUCGAGGCUGAAGACAUAUUAGAAGCAGCUCCUGUGGCGCCAGAGGGGUUGGCUGAAGCUGUGGAGGAGCAGGAUCCUCUCCCGUUAGUAGACGGUCCAGCGUCUGUUUCAGAGGAGGCCCCCUCGCCUGCAGAACCACCCCCAGCAGAGCCCUCACUCUCUGGGGAUGUGCGUGAGGAGGCUACACCCAUGGAAGGAGGGGAGGUAGAGGGAGGAAAGGACACUGUAGUAGCAACUCCCGUGGCGUCGGAGGGGUUGGCUGUGGUGGAGGAUGUGGAGAAGGAGGCUCCUCUCCCGUUUGUAAAAGAGCCGGCCUCCGCUCCAGAGGAGGCCCCCUCGCCCAUGGAAGGAGAGGAGGUAAAGAGAGAAGAGGUGGAGGAGCGCGCAAUGGAGGAACCAGAGGUGAAGAAGAAAUUGGUGGAGGUCAUUGCGGUGGACAGCAGUAGCCAGGAAACGGUGGUCCAGGUGCUGGAAGGAGACCUGUCCUACCAGCCUCUGGAGGAAGGAGAGGAGGAGGAGGAGGAGGAGGAGGCGGCGAAGGAAGAGGUCCUGGUCGCGAAUGAGGAAAAUAAAGGGGUAGAGGAGAUGGAGAAUGCUACGACUACAGAGGAGUUCGAGGAGAGAAGUGAGAGCUCAGACGAGGGAGGCAAGAGUCAGGCCCUUUGGAGGAGAGUUGGGGGCAGUGGCCCGGCGGCGCCUGAACGUAAAUCUAAGAGACUGAACAGAGUGGUCAUCGAGCAGGACAGGGAGCAGCCAGAGGUCACAGUGGAAGAGGAGGAGAAAGCUACAACUACAGAGGAGGAGGAAGAAGAGGCUGUAGAGAAGAGUUGGGCUGAGGAAGAGGUGAAGGAAGAGGAGGAGCCACAAGUGAUUGACCAGAGGGCAUUGAGAAGGAAGAGCCGACCGGUCCAGACUCCAAAUAAAGCCAGAGGGAAACGACACGGCAAGAUCUAAACACACCAGGCAUGCACAACACACACACACACAGUGAUGUUUUCUGUCUGGUUUUAGGGUUUGUAAGGGGUCUAAAGUUUACUUGUAUUAUCUCAGUAUGAUGUUUAGAUGCAUUUACUUUAGGUAGUUCAUUUAUCUUUACAGAAAACGACCAAAAAAGUGUUUGAACAGGAAAACGCAGCACUCGCUGUUGUAAUUCGUCAAUGUGAAGUCUUUUAAUGUUGUUCAUAUGUCAUGGUAAUCUUGUUUUUACUGCCUUGUUCUAUAGGAACUGACUGAUAUUGAGUUUAACAGGCCUGUUGUGGUUUGAAUGUGAUUGUCACUCAAAGAUUUUCACGAUCAAACCCAGUUCCAUGUUGUUGGAGUGAUGAAAUGAUAUUUUCCGAUGCGCCUUUCGAAAAGCUGUGAAUGAACGUCAAAUCAUGAUCUUUAGGUUGCACGGCACGUACUCACACACAUGCAUAUUGAUAUGUAUACACACAGAUACUAUAGUGAAUGUAUCCAUAGAAUGUGUUUUGAAUAGGAACAAUCGAUUUGGACAUUAUUGAUCUUAAUUUAGCAAUAAAAUAAAUGUUUCUGAUAUCCUAAUAGUCUUUCCCAUUCAUAAUUUAAGAUGGCGAUUGAUACUUUGUAAUAUAAUUCAUAGCGUGUUUAAUUGAAAUUGGAUAAGAUAUGUAUAUUACAAUAACUAGAUCAUACCAGCAUUUUGAAGUAACUGAGUUUAUGUACCAUCGAUAUUUUUGAUAUAAACAUUUUGUAAAAUGACAACUUUCACUAUUGGGAGAAAAAAAAUGUUGCAACCCAAAUUCCGUUAAUACAAUGUGAAUUGUAUGCCGUCAUUGAGUGUUGAUUCACUAGUAGAGGGCACAUUGAGCCAAAGACGUGAAGCAGAAUGCAUCAAAUGGGCUAUUGAUGUACCAUGGUUAUAGGUCAAUAUAUAGAACCUUAACUAGGGCCGUAUUCACUAGGCACCAAACGGACAACCUGAACUUGUUCAAUAAAAUAAAAACACUCCACUGUGCACUAAUGAAUAUGACCCGUGCUAAAGGAUUGGAUGGUGCUCCCCAGCGUUUACGAGAUGGUUCUAGGCAGUUGCAUUGACUGUAAGGGUGUUUUCCCUCUGUAUGGAAGGAAACCUGUUCUAGCCUUGGCAGAUCGUGUCAAUGCAACUGUUUUGAUGGAAACCGUAGGCGUGUAUAUAAUUAGUCAUUGACUUGAAAUAGGGUCUCCCCAUUCUAGUAAUUAUGUUUCUAUAAUGUAAACCUUGAUGUCAGAAUGUCAGUCUCACAGAUGGUGUUUUGGGUGACAUGAGUUUUUGGUUUCUCCCUACUACAAACAAAAAAAAAAACACCAACGCUGCCUCUAUUGUUAAUCUUAUUGCCUUCAUAACAUCUAUUGUAAAAGGCAGAAAUAUAUCCAUUUUUGUAUGACUGAUGUGUGUUCGCUGUGUCCAGGAUAUGUCACAUACAAGGAGCUACAGCGUACGACACCUGGUGGAGCGGCUUCCUCUCCUUAAUCUGCACUGGUCUGAGAACUAGGGGUAAGUGAAGGCAAUGUGGCAGAAACCUACCAGGGGAUUUUGCUUUCACCUCUCCACUUCCAGAUCAGUGCAGGGGAAGGAAAGGAGGCGAGGAGAGGAUGCCACUCUGUACUCUUGAGAUGCUCACCAUGUGCUGGUUGCUGAAAUACCCGUUCUUUCAACCACUGCUAUACUGGAUGGGUUCCAUUACGUCUUGUUGCUACUCUAUUCUGGUUCCCCCAAAGUGUUUUAAAGGCUUAUUGUGAUGCCAUGAAACUGAUGUACAGAAUAUUACACAGCCAUGUUAGUUCUGUUCGUUUUCUGUUGGAAUGUGUUCUGGAUAUGCUGCAACAGCAGAGGGAGCCAGAGUAGGUGUCGUUGAGCUGCAGCGUCGAGUAUAGUGUGUAUAUAGCCUGUCUUGACCCUGUUGUAGCGUUUUCAGAUUUGAGUUGAAAAUGGAAGUCCACCACUUGGUGGCACUCACAUUCUGCCACAUUCAGCUGCUGUGGUUCCCUCUGUCUGGUGGUUUUAUACAUGCAUGCUUCGUAGAUAUGUCUGACUGGGUUUGUGCUGGUGCUCUCCAAAAAUGAAGGCUGGCUUGCCCCAAGGGGCCGUGUUCAGUAGGGUGCAACGUCAGAAAUGGUUUGUUAGCCGGGUACAAGACGCUCCUUAUUUGCAACGUUCAGAACAUUGCACCUUCCUGAAUGUACCUCGUACUUCUCUAAAUCAGUCAUCCUUAUUGGCCUCAUUCGCAACCAAUAGACUUUAGACUGUCCUGAAUGGUAAAUGAUGCCCUAUAUAGUGCACGCUUUUGACCAAAGCCCUAUUGGCACUGGUCAAAGGGAGAAAAGGGGUACCCUUUAGGGUCGUGUUCUGUUGAUUUAGUUUGCACUGUAACGUGUACCGUUUGUGGUUGGCGAGAUUAACCGUUUCACCGCCCACACCUAUGUUUAGUCACGGGUACUAUCAGGGUCCCAAUUCAGGAGAUGAAUCCACAUUUAAAUGAAUGGGAAAGAUGUCUAUUUCAAAACAAAGAAAUGUGUGCCCCCCCCCCCCCCCUCCCCCCAAUCAGUUUUACAUGUGAUAUUUUUCAACUAAUAAGUAGGAUUUCAAAUCACCUGAAUUCGCUGAGUUAUAAUAGAUUACAGCAUCUUGUCACUUCCACAUAAUCUGCCUCUUGUGAUGUUACUGGACCUGUUGGUUUCUCAGCUGUAUUACCACAGGCUACUCUUCAUCUUAUAUCUUGCAGAACAUAUUUCAAUUUUUGAUUUCCUCCUUCUUAAUACAUUUUUUUUUUUUUUUUUUUUAAGUUUUUCUGAAAUUACACUUUGGAUUUGCUCGGUGUGUAUCUAGUGGCAAACACUUACCUUUUCCCCCUUUGUUUUUUUAUCGAAUGCAUGCAUCACUUGAUUGUAUCUGUAUAUCAAGUAAACCUUGUAGAGAGGCCUGUGUAAAAUAAAAAAUGUGUGUGCCAGAGUGAUGGCUCCAGA